CUAGUCCGGGACUCCACUCGUACCGAAAAAGUAUGUAUUCCGCCAUUUGUGAAUUCAAGCUUCGCCUCGUUUUCCUCAGCGUUGCUCCCUGUCAAAUGUGUAACCAUCGAGUUUAAUUCUGUGUGACUGAUGUUCUCGUUGGGAUCCGACUGAGCCGCUCCCCCAUUUCUCUGACGGAUUGACAAGGUAGGAAAUUUCAAGGAAACUCUGAAGAACAUUUCGUCAUAAGUGCCAGAGAAUAGCUGGAGCUCACCCGGCCAGUUCCCUCACCCACUAUUGAUUUGUACUAUCGCAAUGGCUGAUUCGUCUAACCCCUCGUCUCCGCCCAAGUCUCAGGAGCCUCGCUUCGACCCUAUCUUCUACCCGUGGAAGGAUCAACUGCGCAACAUCGGCUUCAUCGGGUCGUUCGUCGCCUCGAACAUGGCGCUUCAACCCGUCUACUACCCGUGCAAGGAAGCCGGUGGAGCUCCGAUACCUCCCAGCGAGUUCCGCGCGUAUGUCGAGACCCAUACCUGGGAGCGUCCUCAAUGUUUCUGCCCUCUGCGCACUCCUGGUUUUCCAGCGCCGACCGUGCUCAAGAUCCCUGUUACGACUGGCGAGCAUCUAGGAGACCCUUGUCUCACAUGCUCCACUAUGAAAUGCUCAUAUUUUCUGAACUUAGCGCACUUUGUGCGCACUCAUCCAGACCUGCCGUGCAAGACUUUUCCUCUCAAGGACGCUCACACGGGAACUUCUCUCUCACUUACUCCAUUCAAGCCGACAUUUCUGUUUCCCCCUGCUUCCGGAAGCAGCAACACCAUCCCAUCUAGCGUGUCGCCGGAACCGCUGAAGAUGAAGAGUGGCCGCCGCGAUAGCAUGCGAAAGAUCUAUACGGUCUCACCUCCACGGGACUUCACAUCUGUCCAACACGCGUUGAACGCCGCCGCCGCCGCCGCCACCUCGAGUACCCCCAUCAAACUCGAGGAUACACCCUAUCCUAUGAAAGCACUGUUCGACACCGCUAGCCCGUCCAGCUCUCAGGACCGUCAUGGCACCGCCGGCCUUGGGGACGUCUUUACUCAGCGCCCUCGAGACUCAGAGUUUGAGUACAAUAUGUUCACUCAAGUGAAGGAUACAGGUUUCAUCGAUGACUUGAGCAGAUUCUGGGUCGAUGUUCCACACCUUUCGGGUAGGAGGGCCUGCGACGUGCCCGUCUCUGACUCUAUCGAGACCAUGGAGCGUUUGUUCAGGCUUGACGGAGAGACUCAACGUGCUGGCAUCACCUUCGAGGAGCUGAUGCUUCUCCUUUCGCAGUGCCCGCAUUGCCGCCUCAUCAUGACCCCCGAAAAACUUCAAGUUCACGUAUGCAAGUUCGAAUCCAUCAUGCCUAGCUACUCCAGCCCUUCAUCCACCUCUCUCACUGCGCCGGGACCCUCUUCCCUUCCAUCCACUCUUCGUCCUGCUAAGAACGUACCGCGCAACCUGAAGAGGAGGGCGAGCUCUUCUCUUCCCCGUUCCUACAAGGCGAUGAAGGCGACGGUUGAGCACAAGGGCAAGGGAAAGGGAAAGGCAGUGGAGACUGAGACUUGUUUCGUUGAGCACGAGGAUGGGACACUCGAGAUUCUGUCGACUGAUGACUCUGAUGGCGAGAAGUGAUCUGUUUUUAUGCAUCUAUGGCAGAGAUUAUGUUGUGUGUGAAAAAUCAUGACCAUCUCCUCCUUUAUAUCUUGGUGGUGUCAUGCCUUGACGGCGGCCAUGUACGUUUCUGAUGUAGGCUCUGUGUGGUCCCGGGUCCGUUGUUUUUUUACGACUCCAUGUACUACAUGUUCUUGCCUUUGUGAAUAAAAUUCCAA